AUGGUUAACAUGCAGCCGGAAGAACAACGCCCAAAACUGCUGCUCUUGGGUACUUUUGAUCAAUUCAUCCAUUCGGCCAUAUUCGAUCCGGUGGCCAAGACUCUGCACGCUGGACACACUAACAAAUCGUCCAUGAAGCCCACUUGGCUCACUCAACACCCUACGCAUUCUGACAUCGUCUACUCGAACGGCCACACAGAAGGCAAGGUCUUCUGCAAUAGAAUUGUGAAUAAGUCAACGGGCGAACUGGAAGUCAUCAGCCAGGUGGUGACCGGUGGUGAGGCUCCUACUCACAUGACGGUGUUGCCCAAUGGAUCCGCCUUGGUCAUUGCGCACUACCGGAGUGGAACCACGGGCUACCUUCCCUUGUCCUCCUCCGGCUCUUUCUCAGAAAGCGCAGAAGUCAAGCACUACCUCCCACCCCUGCUUCAGUAUACACUCGAGCACAGUCGACAGGGUGCGCCCCACGCUCACCAAAUUCUGAACGGACCCAGAUUGGACGGUGAGGUAUAUGUCCCAGAUCUUGGUUACAAUCAAGUCCUCCGACUGAAAUAUAAUCAAAACGAAUGGGUCCCUUCUACUCCCUUCGAAGGUUUUCUUCCCGGUGACGGGCCAAGACACUCUGCCUUGCACCCGAACGGCAAGUACUUGUACACUCUCUGUGAGAUAUCUUCGACCAUCGUCAUUCACUUGGUAGCCAAACCCGCCAGUCCGUUGGCCAGAGUUUCUAUAGUCCCUGCCAAAAUCGGGGAUGGAGCCAAACCCAUCGCAGCAGCUAUCAACAUUCUACCUUCUACGACUCCUGGUGGGCCCCAUUUGCUGCUUGCCACGAAUCGUGACCUAGGUCUUGAUGAAGGCGAUGCUAUAGCUCUUUACCGACUCGAGGAUGAUGGGGAAGUUUCUUUGAUUCGACAUGAGAGCGGCGUCGGCAAGCAUCUCAGAGGUAUGGCAGUCGAUCCAGAUAAUCAUUGGAUCUGUGUCGCUGGGAGACAUGGUGGAGGGAUUGUGAUCUUCGAGAGAGUGGGAACCGAUGGUCUUGAUAUCAAACAAGUCGCUCGACUUCCUGAUGUGCAGCAAGUCAUUGCCCCAAUGUGGUUACGUAUCUAG